UUACCAGUGGAAGUAGAAUAUACAAUUUUAUAUAAAUUUUGAAGUAAAUAAUAUUGUCUUAAAAUUGUAUGUGAAUAUGAAGCGUAAUAGACAGAGAAACAGUGCAUACGGUCCGUUGAAAAGAAGUGCGCCAUCGACAUAUUCAGCUUAUAAUGUACCACCAUACCGUCAACAAAAUCAAUGCUUCUCGCCAGUGUCGCAGAAUGCUUCGCACAACCAAAUGCAUUUUGGUCACCAAACACCUAACUGUUAUAUGAACAAUAAUGGGAACGGGUGGCCGAUGCAGCCACCAGUACAAUAUCCAAUGCCACCAUUUGUUCACCAGUCACACUAUCAAUAUCCUCAAGUCGGUAGCGGUCCUCCUUGCUCAUCCCAAGCCAGCCUAAUGCCGUACAGUAAUAUGUCUCCAUUUUCGGUGCCACCCCCUCCGUAUCCGCCUAAUGGACAAAACAGUUUUCAAACAGGCAAUAAUACUCCAACAAAGCCUCGUUCACAAAAUGAUGCGCCUAAAAGAAAGUGGAGUCGAGAGGACGCUUUACGGGCUCUCGAUAUUGAGGAAGAGUUAUGUAAAAGAAACACUGCUGCCCCAUAUUUAGUGAUACGCUUUCCGGAUCCACCCUUGGAUACCGCAAUGGUGAAAGGAUUUUCCCGAGAAAUUGAAGCGGUUCAUUUUCAAAAAAAUUCUGCACCGCGAUUUUGUUUUGUUCGGCUAAAGGAUGAUGCCGAUGCUGAAAAAGUCAUAAACGAAGUAUCAAAAAUACCAUUUGGAAUGGGCCAUUUAUCGGCUGAGCUGCGUUUUGAUCCGACCAAACCACCGCCAAGUACAAAGCCCGAACAAGUUGACCCAUACACCUUGUACGUUGGAAAUUUGUCUCUAUCAGUGUCCGUCGAAACAAUAAAAAGACAUUUCCCUGGAGCACUAAGAUAUGAUCUAGCUUUUAAAUCAAAAGUGAAGCCGAUUCGGUACGCUUUUAUUCGUUUUGAAAGUACAAGCAAAGCAAUAGAGGCAUUCAAACAUGGAAUGAAUUUGCAAGUUGAUGGACGUUCGCUGGUUCUACGUUUUCGUAGAGCAAAGUUAAAUUACCCGGCUGAAAAUAAAUCAUCAGCCAGUACGAAUUCAAGUAAUAUAGGCAACGCCUCCGUUACUGAUUUAACCGCCGAAAAUGAUUGCAACGCUAUCGAGAAAAUUGGUAGAAUAGCAGAACGACCCAAAACACCGAAUGGCGAGGCCGUAGUGAAGAAUGAGAUCCGAGAAGAUGAAAUUUGCGAAACGUUAGACCAUAUUAAAGAGGAACAUUACGACUCAGAGUAUAGUUAUGAGGAUGAGUGCUCGAAUUCCUACUGUGGAUUUUCCCAUAAUGAUGAUGGCCAAAUUGAUAUUAAAUCAGAAGCUGAUGAAUAUGGACCGUGCGACUCAAAUUCUACCGACGAAGAUUAUUAUGAUGGGGAUCAUGCAGAAAGAAGUAUGAAAUAUUCUUCCCGCAGCGCAAUGCCCACAAGUUCUUUCUCCAGCAACACGAAACCUGAAUCCUGUGACAAAAGGAGAAGCUAUUUAGAAGCACAGGCCUCCAAUAUAGUUCCUUUAAAUGAGAAUGCAAAGUUUUUCGAAACUUCUAAUACAAUAUCGUCGAGAGCUUCAAUCUCUGAAAAGAAAUAUAUUGAAAAUUUGUACGAUCAGUUAAAUUCUUCGAGAGUACUCAAAAAGGAAGUACGUAGCGAUUUUGAUGAAAUUGAAGAAAUGUUGAAGGAAGUAGAUUAGUAGUAGUAUACGUUUGAUUAAGAGAUUUCAAAUAAAUGAUUAUAUUUAUAAAUAUUUAUGCUACUAAAUAUUGUUUUCUAAAUUAAAACACAAAAAAAAAAAAACUUUGCGGCCAUAGCUGCAUCAUGUACAACAUGAGCAAUUGAAAUUUGAACUUACAAAACAGUUGUAGAAAACACCACGUCCCUCCGAACAAAUUUCAUAAAUAUCCGGAAUGCAUUAAAUAAUCUUAAAAAUAGUUAAACCUAUUUCAAGUUUAUAGUUAUAAAUGAUUCAAUAUACACAAUUUUAAGGAGCUUGAAAAUUCGGCUUUUAUCACAUUUUGAUAUGGAAUAGCGCACUUUUACUGAUCUGCAAUAAAACACAUUCAAAUUGCCCAA